CAGGGUAUAAUUUGUUAGUGUAAUUUUUUACUUAUAUACGGCCAACACCACCUUGUUCAAUACGCCUUGGCUAUUGUCUUCGAAUCGACAGUCUUUUCUUAUUUUCGUUCAGAUAUUGGGAAUUUCGAAAUAUUUUUGUUUCUUGAGCUGUGAAUGGUCUAUUCGGCAAAUAAAUACGUUGUCCAAUGGGAAACUCAAACUUUAGAAGUGACUCUUGCAGCGACGGCACUAACGCAGGGUCAGGUGGUGCCAAGGAAAAACACCUUAAAUCAACCCCUACCCUUCCUAUUGUUGAUGGGUCUUCCACAGCAAGCAACCAUGCUUUCUUGAAAGCGGAGAAAUCUAUGAGUAGAUCUGCAUCAGGCGCGGAUGUUACGGAGAAGUAUUUGACACAAUUCGUACCAAUUGAAAAGUUAUCCGAAAUACUUAAGGAGAAAUCAGCCAAGCAUAGUGUCAAUGGCAUAGUUGCGGACGUAUUUGUGUCGCAAGUAUUUCCUCAAUAUGCUGAUUUAGGUAAACGACUUUUUCGACUAAUGCAUUCAGCAUCGAAAGCUACAACUGCCUAUCUUGGUACUGUAGCAUUCCGCCAACAAUGCGAACGAUUUCUUGGCAUAAUGGAUGAUGACAAAACUUUGGAAUGUUAUAUAAAAAUGUUUGCAGAAGAGGACAAUCCAGAUUUUAUUACUAAAGAAGGAGUGACCCGCUUACUUUUCACGUGCUAUACUAUAGCUAUGCAACACUCCGGCAACGCAAUAUUAUGCCCAGCGAUCAAUCGAACCUUCGGUUCGGUGACCAAAUCAAUAUUUUUUAGCCACGACAAUCUAAGUGUAGGCUUUGUUUGUCGUUGGUUUGAACAGAAUCUUAUUCGUUUGGUCGCGUUGGUGCAUAAAUAUUGUGUACAUACAUUGUCAACUGCUUAUAGAGGUCUUGAACAACAUAAUCAAUCAUGCGGCAUUGAACUACAAACACCAGUGUUGGAACAACGUAAUCCAUUUCCUGAUGCUGCCGGCAGAGAUACUGGCGCCCUUCCACCACUUUACUCCAAACCGCAGACCAUCCAAUCUCCAAACGCUAAUAAGUCAUCUGCAGCGCAAAUUUUCAAAGAUAAACUUUCCAUGAUGCCAUCACAUUGGGCUUUAUUAUAUGACUCGAAUGAACAUGGGUUGGGUGCUAAUCGGUUUCUGCACCAUGUUCUUGGCUACCGCGGACCAACACUUGUUUUAAUACACACCAAGGACGACCAGACUUAUUGCAUUGCCUCGCCAACUGAAUGGAAAGAAACGCAUUUGUAUACGGGAGGGGAAGGUAGUUGCAUUCUUCAACUUUUUCCAAAGUUUGUGAUAUUGGAGAAGAAGUCCAAUAUUUUGUAUUUAAAUACAAGCAUACGUGGUUAUCCUAAGGGACUUCGUGCUGGAUCAGAUCCCAGAAAACCAGUUAUUGCUGUAGACGAACAUUUUGAAAAUGUGGAUUGCAAAGGAUUAGCAGCAGAACUGAUAGCGAUCGAGGUAAUCAAAAUAUUUAUUUUAUUUUAUAUAUUUUUUUUUUACUAUAUUUGUACAAUAAAUAAAUAUUCUACAAAUACAUUACGAUUCGCAGCACUGGCGACGAAGUCCCUCAGCUGUCCUUUGCAUCUUAUUCGAAUGAAAAUAUCUAUCUUUGCAUUUUGCUUUAUUCCAGGAAUGGGCAGAUUUUCGGCCCUUAAAGCAGUCAAAGAGCCAGCAAGAGCUACGUAA